GCGAGAGAUCUAUCCUCACUGGCAUCUAUUUAGAGUAGAAAAGAAAACCAGUUCAAGCUAAAAUACGUUUUAUUUACAAGCGGAGGAGGAUGGAUCGCUGCUACCAUGGAUGUACAUAGUGUAACCCAGCGUUUAAGUGUCGGUUUACUCUGAUUAUUGGUGCUUGGCGUUGCUGGACGUCAAUCUAGAUUCCGCAUCUUGCUUGAUAUUUUUUUCCUGCUGAUUUCAACUUGCACAGGGUUCAUUUCAGUGUUGGCUAGUUUUGACAACAGCUCCAACAAUGUCUGGGGCCUCAGUAAAAGUUGCCGUAAGGGUUCGUCCUUUCAACUCAAGGGAGACCAGCAAAGAAUCCAAAUGCAUUAUUCAGAUGCAAGGCAACUCCACCACUAUAUUGAAUCCCAAAAAUCCCAAAGAAGCGCCAAAGUCGUUCAGCUUUGACUACUCUUACUGGUCACACACCACGCCGGAAGACUCGUGCUUCGCUUCGCAGAGUCAAGUGUACAAUGACAUUGGGAAGGAGAUGCUGCAGCAUGCCUUUGAAGGCUACAACGUUUGCAUAUUUGCUUACGGCCAGACUGGAGCUGGCAAAUCGUACACGAUGAUGGGAAAACAGGAGGAGGGACAGGAAGGCAUCAUUCCUCAGCUCUGUGAAGAACUCUUUGAAAAAAUCAAUGACAACAACAAUGACGAAGUCUCAUAUUCGGUGGAGGUGGCUUACAUGGAGAUUUACUGUGAGCGAGUGAGGGACCUGCUAAACCCCAAAAACAAAGGGAACCUACGUGUGAGGGAGCAUCCACUGCUCGGGCCGUACGUUGAAGACCUGUCCAAAUUAGCUGUCACCUCAUAUAGUGACAUCGCAGACCUAAUGGAUGCUGGUAACAAAGCCAGGACCGUGGCCGCUACCAACAUGAACGAGACCAGCAGUCGUUCGCACGCCGUUUUCACCAUCGUCUUUACACAGAGAAAGCACGACAGUGAGACAGACCUAUCCACAGAAAAGGUCAGCAAAAUCAGCCUGGUGGAUCUGGCUGGCAGUGAACGUGCUGACUCGACUGGAGCCAAAGGCACACGGCUGAAGGAGGGUGCAAACAUUAACAAAUCUCUGACGACCCUGGGGAAGGUGAUCUCUGCUCUGGCUGAAGUGAGUAACUGUACCAGCAAGAGCAAGAAGAAAAAGAAGACAGACUUCAUUCCUUACAGAGACUCUGUCCUAACAUGGCUUCUGAGAGAGAAUUUGGGUGGGAACUCGAGGACGGCUAUGGUAGCUGCUUUGAGCCCUGCUGACAUUAACUAUGAUGAAACUCUCAGUACCCUGAGAUACGCUGACCGAGCCAAGCAGAUCAAGUGCAAUGCCGUGAUCAACGAGGACCCCAAUGCCAAGCUGGUGCGUGAGCUGAAGGAUGAGGUCACACGUCUGAAGGAUCUUCUCAGGGCCCAGGGACUAGGAGACAUCCUAGACAUCGAUCCAAUGGGGGAUGAUUACCCUGGAAGUGAAAUCAAAUACCUUAAAGAUAUACAUAAUAAUCAGCAUAGAUUGCUUGCAUCAGAGAAUCAGCGACCUGGCCAUCUCUUCACAGCACCCAUGGGCUCUCUGAUGGCCUCUGCGUCGUCCGGCUCCCUGUGCAGCCCGACAGGAUUGCAGUCCGUCUGCAGCAUCCAGGAGCGCAUCAUGUCUACCCCUGGGGGAGAGGAGGCCAUCGAAAGACUUAAGGAAUCAGAGAAGAUCAUAGCAGAGCUAAACGAGACAUGGGAGGAGAAGCUGAGAAAGACGGAAGCAAUCCGAAUGGAGAGAGAGGCUUUGCUGGCAGAGAUGGGUGUUGCAAUCCGAGAAGAUGGUGGAACCCUUGGUGUCUUCUCUCCCAAAAAGACGCCUCACUUGGUUAACCUGAAUGAAGAUCCUCUAAUGUCAGAAUGUCUGCUCUACUACAUUAAAGACGGAGUCACAAGGGUGGGUCAGGCUGAUGCAGAAAGGAGGCAAGACAUUGUUCUCAGUGGAGCGCACAUCCGAGAAGAACACUGCAUCUUCCGCAGUGAGAGGAACGCCAAUGGUGAUGUGAUUGUUUUACUCGUGCCAUGUGAUGGAUCAGAGACUUAUGUGAACGGCAAGCGUGUGAAUAAUGCAGUGCAGCUGCGGUCAGGUAACCGCAUUAUCAUGGGGAAGAACCACGUAUUCCGCUUUAACCACCCCGAGCAGGCGCGUGCUGAGCGGGAAAAGACGCCUUCAGCCGAGACCCCUGUUGAACCCGUGGACUGGACGUUUGCUCAGAGAGAGCUGCUGGAGAAGCAGGGAAUCGACAUGAAGCAGGAGAUGGAGAAAAGGCUUACUGAGAUGGAAAUCCUGUAUAAAAAAGAGAAGGAGGAAGCAGAUCAACUGCUUGAGCAACAGAGACUGGUGUAUGAGACCAAGCUUCGGGAACUCCAGAAACAAGUGGAUACCCGCCCGCUGAUGCCAGAAACUCCUGAUGAGGAAGAGGAGGAGGAAGAGGAGGAAGAUGAAGUACCAUGGACACAACAUGAAUAUGAACUUGCUCAGUGGGCCUUUAGGAAGUGGAGGUACCACCAGUUCACCUCAUUACGAGACCAGCUGUGGGGCAAUGCAGUGUACCUGAAAGAGGCAAAUGCCAUCAGUGUGGAGCUCAAGAAGAAGGUCCAGUUCCAGUUUGUACUGUUGACUGAUACAUUGUACUCCCCACUUCCCCCGGAGCUACUGCCUUUCGAGCCGGAGAAAGAGCGAGAUGCCAGUCCUUUCCCUCGUACCGUGGUGGCUGUGGAGGUGCAGGAUCUGAAGAAUGGAGCCACUCACUACUGGUCUCUAGAGAAGCUCAAGCAGAGGCUGGAGCAGAUGCGGGAGAUGUAUGACCGUGCAGGAGAAAUGGCCUCCACCAAUCAGGAGGACGGGGAGGGGCCCCUGACUGGCAGUGACCCCUUCUAUGAUCGAUUUCACUGGUUCAAGCUUGUUGGGAGCUUCCAUGGCUGCGUGAACGAGCACCUGGCUGACCGCACGCCCUCGCCCACGUUCUCUACGGCUGACUCGGACAUCACUGAGCUGGCUGACGAAAGGCAAAGCGAGAUGGAAGACUUCAUGGAUGACGAGGCCUUUGUGGAUGACACCAGCUCAGAUGCGGGAACAGAAGAGGGUUCAGAUAUCUUCAGUGAUGGCCACGACCCUUUCUACGACCGCUCACCUUGGUUUACUCUCGUGGGCAGAGCCUUUGUGUACUUGAGUAACCUGCUAUACUCUGUGCCCUUGGUACACCGUGUGGCUGUAGUGACAGAGAAGGGUGAGGUCCGCGGUUUCCUGCGUGUUGGGGUCCAGGCCAUUGCAGCUGAUGAGGAGGCACCUGAUUAUGGCUCUGGUGUGCGUCAGUCUGGCACUGCUAAAAUCUCGUUUGAUGAUGAGUAUUUUGAAAAGGCUGAUUUCUCCUCCAUGGCACUGACACGUUCUGGCCUGUCUAUGGAAGAGCUACGUAUUGUAGAAGGCCAGGGUCAAAGUUCAGAGAUCAUAACACCCUUGGAGGAGAUGAACAGAAUAAAUGACAUGGAUCUGAAGCUGGAUGAUGUUGAUGCUAAACUGGCACGAUCAGAGGGCGUGAUUGGUCAGCUGGAGGUCGGCAGUGUCUUUACGUUCCGUGUCACUGUGCUCCAGGCCGCCGGCAUCCCGCCGGAGUACGCCGACAUCUUUUGCCAGUUCAAUUUCCUCCAUCGUCAUGAUGAAGCUUUCAGCACAGAGCCACUAAAGAACACGGGCAAAGGUUCCCCGCUCGGCUUCUACCAUGUACAGAAUAUUUCUGUGGAGGUCACAGAUUCCUUUAUCGAGUAUAUUAAAAGCAAGCCUAUUGUGUUUGAAGUGUUCGGGCACUACCAGCUGAACCGCCAUGACCAGGAUGCCAUCAGCCCUUCAGAGCCUUCUAGGAAAUACUACCCUCCACCCAUGCCUCUGUCCAAACCAGUGCCAGCCACCAAGCUGAACACCAUCAGCAAAUCAAACCUGGGUCAGUGUGUGAGCAAGUACGACCUGCUGGCCUGGUUUGAAAUCAGUGAGCUGGAACCCACUGGAGAGUAUAUUCCAGCAAUAGUAGACCAUUCUGAAGGCUUGCCCUGCCAUGGUACCUACCUACUGCACCAGGGUAUCCAGCGUAGGAUCACAGUGACGCUGAACCAUGAGAAGGGCAGUGAGCUUCACUGGAAGGACGUCAGGGAGCUGGUGGUUGGUCGGAUCAGGAACAAAGCUGAGGUGGACGAGACGGCGGCAGACGCGGUGCUCUCUCUGAACAUCAUCUCAGCCAAAAACAUGAAAUCCUCACAUAACUUCAACAGGACAUUCUACCGGUUUGAAGCCGUGUGGGACAGCUCACUGCACAACUCUCUACUGCUAAACCGAGUCACUCCAUGUGGAGAGAAGAUUUAUAUGACUCUGUCUGCAUACCUGGAGCUUGACCACUGCAUCCAGCCUGCCAUCAUCACCAAAGAUAUUUGCAUGGUGUUCUACUCCAGAGACGCUAAGAUUUCACCACCACGCUCUCUGAGGAACCUUUUCGGCAGCGGUUACUCAAAAACUCCUGACUGUAACAGAGUGACUGGGAUUUAUGAGCUCAGCUUGUGCAAGAUGGCAUACACUGGAAGCCCAGGUAUGCAGAGGCGAAGGAGGAAAGUUCUGGAUACAUCAGUGGCUUAUGUACGUGGAGAGGAGAACCUGGCUGGAUGGAGGCCCAGAGGAGACAGUCUGAUCCUGGAACACCAGUGGGAACUGGAGAAACUCGAGCAGCUGCAUGAGGUGGAGAAGACCCGUCACCUCCUGCUGCUGCGGGAGCGGUUGGGCGAGACAGUUCCUCAGAAAUCUUUGAGCGACUCUCUGUCUCCGAGUUUAAGCAGCGGGACCCUGAGCAACUCCACCAGCAUCUCCUCCCAGAUCUCCUCCACCACUUUUGAGAGUGCCAUCACACCCAGUGAGAGCAGUGGAUAUGACUCAGCUGACAUCGAGAGCCUGGUGGACCGUGAAAAAGAGCUGGCAACCAAGUGUCUCAGACUCUUAACUCACACCUUCAACAGUGACUAUAACCAGAUGGUCAACAGCAUCAGCGACUGCAAACUGUCUGAUAUAUCACCCUUGGGUCGUGAUCCAUCAGUCUCUAGCCUGAGCAGUGCCACACUCACCCCAUCGUCCACCUGCCCCUCACUGGCAGACUCCCGCUGUAGCUUAGUGGAUCAAAAGACUCCUGAGGCUAAUUCUCGUGCUACUAGCCCCUCAUGCUCUGAUUAUGAGAACUUCUCUAUGAUGCCCAGCCUAGAGACGUCCUACCUGGCUCGCGCUGGCAAGAAUGAGUUCCUGAACCUGGUGCCAGAUAUUGAAGAGAUGAGGCCUGGCUCUGUGGUGUCCAAGAAGGGAUACCUGAGCUUCAUGGAGCCCCGCUCAAACUCCUGGGUGAAGAACUUUGUGGUGGUGCGUCGUCCAUACGUCUUCAUUUACAACAGUGACAAGGACCCCGUGGAGAGGGGCGUCUUGAACCUGUCCACUGCUCGGGUGGAGUACAGUGAGGAUCAGCAAGCCAUGCUCAGGACUCCCAACACAUUUGCUGUGUGCACCAAACACAGAGGGAUUCUGCUCCAGGCUAACAAUGAUAAAGACUUGAACGAUUGGCUGUACGCCUUUAACCCGCUGCUAGCAGGAACAAUAAGGUCGAAACUGGCAAGAAGACGCUCUGCUCUGUUGAAGAACUGAACACGUUUAUCUGCGCACAGAGAUACUGCUCUGUUUCUUCUCUCUAGCCUUUAAACAUACCAAGUGUUGACUUUUCUUAAACUUUGUGAUUCUUGAUGGUUUUCUCUGUAUGUAGACCUGUGGCUUUAGUUUUCGCUCAAGCAAAUGAUCUCUUGAGUUCCUCAACUCCACUCUUCCUCUACCCCCUCUCUCUCUUUCUCUCCUAACCCUUUGCUGUUUUGUUAAUUUAGCUCUGUUCCUUUUUUGUUCUUUGUCAUAGCUGAACCUUCUAGUAGCAUGUUGUAAUAGUCUGUUUGUGUGUGUGCACGAUUCCUCAGAACAGUUUCUCUCCUCUCUUGAGUUUAAACUCGUCUGUAACGAUCGUCUUAAUCAGUGUUAUCUGUUGAGUCAGGUCCAGUUUCUCCCGCAUGGCCAGAGCAGCAAUCCUCAGGAUAAGACCAGUUUGCUUACAAAGCCUCACAAAGUACAUUAUAUAUACAAAAUAAACUAUAUUGUAUCUGAAAAUACAUCAUUCUCUGCUAGGAAAAAUAGCUCAGUAGUUUUUACUCCAGCAAUCACAUGAUUUAAGGAAUUAAAAAGGACCAAGGGUUUUGCUGAAUGUAUAAUAUUUCUCAAUGAGUUAUUAUGGGACCAGUCAUUCCUUAUUAUGAGUAUUACUGUGGUACUGGAUGAAGAAUUAGGACAGAUUGAUUAAGAUAGCAAAUGAUUUUUAUGAAACUUUAUCCUAGUACUCACUCGGUUACUCAUAGGUUCAUAUUAGGUGGUGCUACAGAAAAAAAAGGCAUUUUUUGGCAUGAAUCGAAUCAGUGUAUUAAUGUAGCACUAAAGGCGGAUGAAUUAAGCAUGAACAAUACUUUUCAGAUUUAAGGAGCAUUUCAGCAGCUCUGAAUGAUUCAGAAAAAAAAUAUUUUAAAUAAACAUUAGAUUACAUUCACCAGAUACAACAAAAUAAUAAAUGAAAUGAAGGUGGUGAUAUAAUUUUCAGAAUUCCUGUGCUUCUUGCUAGUCAGUACAGAACAAGAGACAUUCCUUGUACUGUUGUCAAUGUAAUGUUUUACUUAAUUGCCAGGACUUGAUAGUUGCAGGCUGAUUUUGGAGCUUAGUUAAAUAAUGAUUUACAUUGUUUAGUGAUCUAUCAUGGCCUGAACAUCCCUAAAUACAGUGUUGAAGCAGGAAGGUCUUUCGCUUAUCUCUCCCUCAGAAAUCUAUCUCUUCAAUAUUGUUAAUUCUGUUGUACACAAUGUCUUGUUUUUUAAAAACGUACUAAUUUAUAUUCACCACCUAACUAUUUAUUUAUUUGCUAAAGAACAAAGGUUCUAUAAAAAGUGUUUUUUCUUUUUUAUUACCUUUCAGCUCAUAGUUUUGCACAGUAACAUUUCACACACAGAUGGAUCACUGAAGGAGAUUUGGUUCAUCACUGUUCUGAUCGAUGCUUGGUUGACUUUAAGAUGGUCGAAUGCAGUGGUGAUGAAUUAUCAUACUGCACAGAAAAGGGAGAAUACACUCUUAUGCUUGUUUAUUUAUUGUGAGAAAAAAAUAUUUGCUCUGUGAGAUGUAUAAAAUAUAGAUGUUAAUUCUUAUAUUAUUGCUGUAUUGUUUUGGCUUAGAUAUAUACGUGACUCUGCACUUGGAAAGCCUCUGGUCUGCCAACCAGUAGGCUGUGUCACACUUUUUCUAGAUCAAACUUUCAGCUUAUUGUAAGGAUGGUUAUUUUUUGAUAUUACAACCUUUCAUGAAUAAAAUAGAGUAUACUUUUAGGACUGCAUGGUAUGCACCAAAAAAUAGCACUGUAUAAUGCAAUGCAUUUGUAGUCUUUGACAAUUUCCACUCAUUAGCCAAGUGAGGGGCCAGCAUGUGCUUUCUCUGAGACUUAAAAAAAAACAGUCACCACCACUUUUUAAACUGCAGAUCAUGCAGCAUUGUUGGGCUCAAUAACACACUUGAAGAGGGGUGCUGUCCACACCCUUUCAUACACAUAAGUUAAACGAAGCCCAAGCAUGGCGGGUGAUCAAUAGAAGGGAUUUCAUUAACUGUUUUCAGAUCAGCCAGUCUGAGCAACACAAAUGGGACCUUUCAGCUAUUGAAUUGUUUCUAAAUCUGUGUCUGAAGGUUAUUUGCAUGUUUUAUGCUACUAGUGUAUUCUCCCCUAUUAAAUGGAAGGUGAAAGACCUUACAUGUGCCACCCACUACCUCUUUUGAAACCAGAGGUCACAUAACAUCAUUGGGACAUAUUUGCUUGUUGCAGGUUUUUGCAAUAAUUUAUAUUUGCAAGGUUAAUAUUGCAUCAAAAUAAUUUACAAAUGAAAUAUUGUGCAGCCCUAAUAGCCAUGUAGUCAUUUAAUAACUUUUUACAGAAUAAAAAAAUAUAAGAGAAUAUGAACAUGUUGUAGUCUUGACAGAGCAAACAUUUUCCCUCACCACUGUUGUUACUAAUGUAUAGAUGUAGACAUUUAUUUUUGUUAUUAUUUUGCAAUGUACAUAUUAGUUUGCAGUUCUUUGCACAUUUGAAAAUCUUAACAGAUCAAAUAAAGUCUGAGAAGGUUGUUGUUUACCCAGAUAUGUACCAAAUGACAGUGCAGGAUUGGACGAUUAUGUGUUGUGAAUGUUGAAUGUACUUCUGGGAUUUCAUGAGCAAAUAUAUUCACAAGUUGCAUUGAUUAAAGGGACAAAAUGUUUCUUUUUCUCUCUUUUCUUUUAAAUUGUGGCUUGAUUCAUUGCAGCGCUUCCUGUUGCAUGUUCUUAUUUAGCAUCACUUCACUUACCAACCCAGUUCAGGUGUGCAUUUUAGAGGUAUGAUGAUACUGGUUAGAUUUAUUUUUUUAAUAUCAGGGACUUUAUUUUGCAAACUAAUUUAAAUAGAAUUAUCACUCAAUGUGUGCACUAUUUAAUUUUCUGUUUGUUUCUAAGUUACUAAAAUGCAUUUUUCAUGCUGCGUUCAAAACCAAACCACUAUUCCCUCUCUCAUAAGACUCCUUUUACUGAUCAUGUACUUUUGUUUUCCUAAGACACUUAGCUAAACCCAGGCAUCAACACUGUACACUAUUUGUCAGAUUGGCUUCAUUUUCAUACUUAUUUUGUAAAUAUUUCAUGUUGUACGGAGCUUGAAUUAAAAUGUAAAUAUGUCUCCUGUAUUUGUAAUACUUAUAAUCCAUUCGCUGUAUAGCCUAGAUGUGUAAUGCAGAUAUCUUAAUUCUGUGUAUGGUAAUCUUGCACCAUUGAUCUGUUUAGUGAAUGAGGUAACAAUAAAGUCCAUCCAGUGCAUUAGCAAAAUA